AUGAGUUCAACACACUGGCUACCAGAAACAGCAAAAGGCGACAACCUUCCCAAUGCUUUAUGCCUCGGAACAGGCCGAUUCUUACGAAGCGUCUUGGUGCCAACCUUGGUGGGAGCUGGCUAUCGACCUGCCUUGAUUCAAACACGGGGAAGAAGUUUUAUGGAGUUCAUGGCUUCUUCUGACUCUGCAACAACAACAUAUCCGGUAGAUACCGUCUUGCCAUCUGGGGACAUUCAGACAGAUUCAGUGGCCUGUUGGGGAGCCUUUAGUUUGGGAACUUCUGAGGAUAAGAGUUAUGUGCUCGACAACUUUUUGCCCACGCUCAAAGGCAUCUCCAUUCUUGGAAUUGGUGUUACAGAGGCAGGAUUGGCAUCCAAAGACACUCAAGUCAUGAAAGAUUUGUUCCUUGUAUUUCAGAAAUUUCAACAAGUCAUCGUCAAAGACAAGAAAUGUGAGGAUUUGAAUGGCAAAAAGAUUUGCGUCAUUGACAUGGACAAUGUUCCCAACAAUGGCGAUAAGGUUCGACAAUACAUGUUCGAGCUAGCUGCUGCUACUGAAGAUAAAGAUAUGACAUCAUUCCUGGAAGAACAUAUCGUCUUCAUGAACUCCAUGGUCGAUCGAAUCACUUCGCAUCGAGAGGGCGACAAGAUGGUCCCGAAAUGUGAACCCAUGCCCGCCAAGGCGUUGGUCGUUUUGGAUCCCAACGGAGAUCUACCACAGUCGUUUGGUCAGCAACCUGGUGUUGUGGUUCGCAAAAGUGUAGACGAGCUCCAAUUGGACAUUGCCCUCAAGUUGAAGGUAGCCAACGGGACACAUACAGCGAUUGCUCAUUUGUUGGCACUAAUGAAAUUGCUAAAGACAGAUGUUCUCAGCAGCGACAAGCCUGGUUCACUCAUGAUGAAGUACCUAGACAGCAUGGUGGAGAAUCAAAUUGUUCCAUCUGCUGGGGUCAAUCAAGAGGAGGCGACUGCCGUCUACAAGGAUUGGCGACAGCGACUGGUCCAUCCACAUUUUGGUCUUUCGAGUUUCUUUAUUACCCAAAAUGGGCCCGCCAAAGGAGGCAUUCGAUGGGGUCCUACAGUCAAGGAACUAGCACAACAAAAGAUACAGUUGGAAUACAGCAUGGCAUUUGCAUAUGCUGUCCUGUUGCGGUGGCUGACACCAGUCCCCAAUACAGAGGUGGACUCCUCCUCGGGGAUUUGCACGGGAUGGCUCGAUGGAGUCGAUGUGAAUCAAGUCACGAUUGACAAGAACAAGGGUACUGAAUAUGCCGAUGGUCUACUAUACGAUCUGGAGAAUGGAUGGUAUCAGUACAAGUGCUCCAUCAACAGCAAUAUUGGUGGUAGUGAUACCAAGUUGACGGCCCUUUUGCAGAAAUGUGUGACCUCCAAAAGCACAGAGGAUUGCAAAGAUGCAGUCAAAAUGUACCUCUUGGCAUCCGAUGGUGGAGACCUCUCUUCGGUCCAGGAAUCCAUCAAUGAAUUGACAGAAGCUGUUUCACAACUGUACCUUGGCUUGAUCUCUGGCAAAAGUGUCGGGGUCCUCCUGGAAGAGCUUGGAAGCAAGAGCAAUGGUAUUGGCUUUAGCGACAAGUGUUGA